CCUUCCUCCCGCGUUGCCAUUUCAGAGCAAGGUGGCGCGCGCCGCCUCCUCAUCACACGGUCUCCUCGCCCGCCACGGCGUCACAUCACAUGGAUGCCUCGGCACGGCCGACUCCUUCAACUCCGCGUCCGUCGUCUUGUUCCAUCUCGCAUGAUUGAUUGAAUCUCCACGCCCCCCUUGUCCAACUACCCCUCCCACUAUUUCAUUUCAUUUCAUCCCCCCGAUCCAAGAAACCGGCCACCGGGCCGGAGCGAACCCUUAGAAGCGACCUUGGCCCGUGAGGAAGCCAAUCAGCCAGAGACAGAACAAUCCAUCCACCAUGAACAGCCUGUUCUCGAGCUCAUGGAAGCGCGACGGCGGGGACAUCGAGUCCGGCGGCGUGGAGAUGUCUGCGCCGCCGGGCGCCGCGGCGGGCGCGAGCCUGGACAGGUUCUUCGAGGACGUGGAGUCCAUCAAGGACGAGCUCCGCGACCUGGAGCGCAUCCAGCGGUCGCUCCACGACGCCAACGAGGGGGGAAAGUCGAUGCACGACGCGGCGGCCGUGCGCGGCCUCCGCGCGCGGAUGGACGCGGACGUGGCCGCGGCGAUCAAGAAGGCCAAGGUGGUGAAGCUGCGCCUCGAGUCGCUGGACCGCGCCAACGCCGCCAACCGGUCCGUGCCCGGGUGCGGGCCGGGCUCCUCCACCGACCGCACCCGGACGUCCGUCGUGGCCGGGCUGCGCAAGAAGCUCCGGGACUCGAUGGAGUCCUUCUCGUCGCUGCGGUCCCGCGUCGCGGCCGAGUACCGGGACACGGUGGCGCGGCGGUACUUCACGGUCACGGGGGCGCAGCCCGACGAGGCGACCCUGGACGCGCUGGCGGAGUCCGGGGAAGGGGAGCGGUUCCUGCAGCGCGCCAUCGCGGAGCAGGGCCAGGGGCGCGGGGAGGUGCUGGGCGUGGUGGCGGAGAUCCAGGAGCGGCACGGCGCCGUGGCGGGGCUGGAGCGCAGCCUGCUGGAGCUGCAGCAGGUGUUCAACGACAUGGCCGUGCUGGUGGCCGCGCAGGGGGAGCAGCUGGACGACAUCGAGGGCAACGUCGGCCGCGCCAGGUCCUUCGUCGACCGCGGACGCGAGCAGCUGCAGGUGGCGCGGAAGCACCAGAAGAGCACCCGCAAGUGGACCUGCAUCGCCAUCCUCAUCCUCCUCGUCAUCAUCCUCGUCAUCGUCCUCCCCAUCGUGCUCAAGGGCGUCAAUAAGAACUAGGCCGCCUGGCCUGCGUAAUUCGUUCUAGUUUUUUUUUUUCGUGGCCUUUGUAUCAUACAUACGGUUCGUUGAUACGGUCGUCUUGAUUAUAUUUUCUUCUAUUGCCUCAACCUUCGAUUACAUGGUUUUGUUU